CUGGCGGGCCGCAAGAGCUGCAGGACACGAGUGGACAAAGCAAGAUGGCAGGGAUCUUAGCUUGGUUCUGGAAUGAGAGGUUUUGGCUCCCACACAAUGUCACCUGGGCAGACCUAAAGAACACAGAGGAGGCCACCUUCCCGCAGGCUGAGGACCUCUACCUCGCCUUCCCCCUGGCCUUCUGCAUGUUCAUGGGGCGGCUUAUCUUCGAGAGAUUUAUAGCCAAACCAUGUGCAAUAGCCCUCAACAUCCAGGCCAACGGACCACAGAUUGCGCAGCCAAAUGCCAUUCUGGAAAAGGUCUUCACUGCAAUCACAAAGCAUCCUGAUGAAAAGAGAUUGGAAGGCCUCUCCAAGCAGCUGGACUGGGAUGUUCGCAGCAUUCAGCGCUGGUUUCGACAAAGACGCAACCAGGAGAAGCCAAGUACCCUGACAAAGUUCUGUGAGAGCAUGUGGAGAUUUGCAUUUUUCCUUUAUAUGUUUACCUAUGGAGUCCGGUUCCUGAAAAAGACCCCCUGGUUGUGGAAUACAAAACACUGUUGGUACAACUACCCCUAUCAGCCACUCACAGCUGACCUUCACUUCUACUAUAUGAUGGAGGUGUCAUACUAUUGGUCUGUAAUGUUCUCCCAGUUCACGGAUAUCAGAAGAAAGGACUUUGGCGUUAUGUGCCUGCAUCAUUUGGUAGCUCUUGUCUUGAUUUCCUUUUCAUAUGUCACCAAUAUGGCCCGAGUAGGGACCUUGAUUCUUUGUCUUCAUGAUGCAUCUGAUAUUUUUCUAGAGGCUGCCAAAAUGGCAAUUUAUGCCAAGUUUCAGAGAAUGUCUGAUCUCCUGUUUACUAUGUUUGCCAUAAUUUUUAUCACCUUCAGAAUUGGUAUAUUUCCUGUCUGGGUGUUAAACACUACAUUAUUUGAAAGUUGGGAGAUCGUUGGACCUUACCCAUCGUGGUGGGUUUUCAAUCUACUGCUGUUUCUAAUAGAAGGGAUGAACUGCUUCUGGUCUUACUUGAUCAUAAAAAUGGCUUGCAGGUGUUUUUCGAAAGGCAAGGCUGGGAAGUGGAACCCUUUACAUGUGUCCAAGGAUGAACGAAGUGACAUUGAGUCCAGCUCAGAUGAGGAGGACUCAGAACCUCCAGGGAAAAACCCCCACGCUGCAACCACCACCAAUGGGACCAGUGGAACCAACGGGUACCUCCUGACUGGCCCUUGCACUGUGGAUGAUUGAUUACUCAAAACAUUAAGUCCUGAAUAAAGUGAACUAUUUGUUCCUGGAAG